AUGGCGGCUCUAACCCAGAACAUCUUUCUCGUCCUUUGCUUAACACUACUAUUAACCAUCUUCUCCCCAUGCAAAUCUUCGAUUAUAUCCAUUAAUCCCAACAACGGCCAGCCGCCGCUACUACUCUAUCUCCCGGUACGGAAAGACGCCGACACUCUCCAAUACGUCACGGUGAUCCAACAGAGAACUCCUCCGGUUCCCCUGAACCUGACCCUCGACCUCGGCGGCCGCCAGCUGUGGGUCGACUGCGACCAGCCGUACAUCUCGUCGACCUACUCGCCGGCUCGCUGCGGCUCCCCGCACUGCUCCCUCGUUGCCGACUCCAGGAGUUGCUUCAACGACUGCUUCUUCCAGUCCCAGCCCGGGUGCCACAACGACACGUGCGGCCUCGUCGUUGAUAACUCCGUCGCCGGGAUUGUCACCGGCGGCGAGGUCGGCAUGGACGUCAUCUAUGUCGAGGCACCAGCGGCCAUGCGGGGUAUUUCCGGGAUGGAAAUGGUUAGCGUUCCUGAGUUUCUGUUCACGUGUGGCGCCAGCUUUCUACUGGAGGGGCUUGCCGACGGCGUUUCAGGGAUGGCCGGACUAGGGAGGACAAAGAUGUCAUUUCCCUCCCAAUUCUCCGCCGCAAUCAGCGGCGGCAUGGGCAAAACCUUCUCCCUCUGCUUGGGUCCCACCACAGGAGCCGUCCUGUUUGCUCCACCGGCUGGUUAUUCCGACGUGGCAAACUCCCUCGUCUUCGCCCCGCUGCUGACGAACCCGGUGAGCACGGCCACGUGUCACAACGACAGCGAGGCUUCCUCGGAGUACUUCGUCGGGGUAAAGUCAAUCAAAGUCAACGGCACCCCGGUCAAGGUCAACGCGACGCUAUUGUCCAUCGACGAGCAAGGUCGCGGCGGGACGAAGAUCAGCACCGUGGAUCCUUACACUGUCCUGGAGCGCUCGAUCUACGACGCCGUUUUGAACGCUUUCGUCGUGGAGGCUAGUGGUAAAUAUAACAUGACCAGGAUAUCCUCGGUGGGCCCAUUCGGGGCGUGCUUCAAUGCGAGCGGGAUCAGGAUAACGAGGUACGGCCCCGCGGUGCCGACAAUCGAGGUGGAGUUCGAAAACGGUGUCGCGGCGUGGCGGAUUCUGGGAGCGAACUCGAUGGUUCGGGUCGGGGAUGAGGUGACGUGUCUCGGGUUGGUGGAUGGAGGAGCGAAUCCCCGGACGGCGGUGGUGAUCGGAGGGCAUCAGUUGGAGGAUAAUCUCGUGGUGUUUGACGCGGAGCGGUCUCGGGUCGGGUUGAGUGGGUCGAUGUUGGGCCGGGGGAGGAGUUGUGCCGGGUUUGUGGAUAGAAUUACUACAUUCGGAUCCUACAACGGGUCGGGAUUCGACUCUUUGAUUUUGGGCCCAGUUAAUAAAAUUGGGCCAUUUUUUUCUUAA